GGAGAAUAUUCUGAGCUCUGUGAUUGGCCGGUUGGCUGUUUGGCUUUGGGUGAUGUUCUGAGCGCUGUGAUUGGAGGAGAGGUGGAAGGGCCGUAUACUGUAGUGAGGAAAGGAUAACAUGGCUGCCGAGCCGACUAAAGCGGACAUUCAAUCCGUGUUCAAGAGGCUGAGGGCUGUACCGACCAACAAGUCAUGCUUUGAUUGCGGAGCGAAGAACCCCAGCUGGGCCAGCAUCCCCUAUGGAGUGUUUCUAUGCAUUGAUUGCUCUGGAAUACAUCGAUCUCUGGGAGUUCAUCUCAGCUUCAUCAGGUCAACUGAACUGGAUUCCAACUGGAGCUGGUAUCAGCUGAGGUGCAUGCAAGUUGGAGGCAAUGCCAACGCUAAUGCUUUCUUCCACCAGCAUGGCUGUACCACUAAUGACACCAAUGCCAAGUACAACAGUCGCAGCGCUCAAAUGUAUCGAGAGAAGAUCCGGCAAUCGGCCAGUGCAGCCAUGUCCAAACACGGCACUGAUCUGUGGAUAGAUGGAAUGAAUUGCACCCUUGCUAGUUCCCCAGAGAGGAAGGAGUCUGACUUCUUUGCUGAACUGACCCAGUCCUCGUGGGAGGCAGCACCAAUUACUGAAGCAGCUGUGACAAGUCCAUCAGCUGCAAAACAGCCGGUUGGUGUCUCUGUGAGCAGUGAGCCGAUUGGUGUGGAGACUGGCCCUAGUGUUGACAUUCUGAGCACGUCACCCAAAGCCACAAUUGACCUGGCCAUGUGCCUCAGUGCUCAGGAGCCGAACCCCAGCACAGAGGUGAAGCCAUCUCUCAUUGGAAAGAAGAAACCUGCUGCAACAAAGAAAGGACUGGGGGCAAAGAAAGGUCUUGGUGCCCAGAAGGUGAGCAGCCAGAGCUUCAGUGAGAUCGAGCGACAGGCACAGGUGGCAGAAAAGUUGAGAGAGCAGCAGGUGGCUGAAAUGAGGAAGGAAGCAGAAGAGUCCCUUGUUUCUUCCAUGAGACUCGCCUACCAGGAGCUUCAGAUAGAUAGGAAGAAAGAGGAGAAAAAGCUACAGACCCUGGAAGGGAAGAAACGGGAGCAGGCAGAGCGGCUGGGCAUGGGCUUGGCUUCCAGGAGUUCUGUUUCGCAUUCGGUUCUCUCAGAGAUGCAUGUGAUCGAACAGGAGACGCCUGUUGCAACAAAAUCGUCACGAUCUCAGCUUGACCUGUUGGAAGACUCCAGCUUCACCUCUGGACCGCCAAAAUAUAAAGACAACCCAUUCUCACUAGGUGAAGGAUUUAGCUCAAGAUGGGAAACAGAAAACUCUACCUGGGGGUCUGCAGAUAAGGGUGAGGAGGAGCGAGAGGUGACUAUCUCCAGUAUUCAGCCAGCACGAGACCGGCCUGCAAACAGGAGAAAACCAGAGGCCACCCCAUCUGCAGAAUCCAACGAAGCACGCACAAAGUUCGCCAGCGCCAAAGCUAUCUCCUCAGACAUGUUCUUUGGGAGAGAACAGGAUGCUGAGUAUGAAGCUCGGUCCCGUCUGCAGCAGCUCUCCUCCAGCAAUGCCAUCAGCUCAGCUGACCUCUUUGGAGACGCAGACUCUGUAAACACAGCAGCUGGAGUCUCAUUGGGAAAUGUUCUGCCCUCUGCUGAUAUCACCCACUUUAAGCAGGGUGUGAAAUCUGUUGCAGGCAAGAUGGCUGUAUUGGCAAACGGUGUCAUGAACACCUUACAGGAUCGAUACAGUUCCUACUAGGUCAUCAGGGAAGAAUGUGGAGUCUACUGCUGUAGUAUCUUGCCCCAUGUACCCACCAGAUAAGGGCUGGGGAAAUGGAGGGGUCAGACUGGGAGAGAGUGACCCGCUUCUCUCCAGCAAGUGGCGAAUCGCACCCCUUCUUUGGAGACGACCGCUUCAGUAUUCCUCAAAACACCACUGGAUAAUUUCCCCCCCUCUUACAGUGUCUGCUGUUGCUUGUUCCCAUCAGCUGCUCCCAACCUCCCCGGAGGAUUUGCUGCUUCCCCUUCCUCCUAGGGACGCCCAGAGAUUGUGCUUUUAAUGUGUGUUUGUGUGAGAUGAUAGAUGGGGUGUGUUGUGCAGGACCCCGGUAAUGUUGCUGCAGACAGGAUGUAUAUGUAACAGAUGAUGGAUGUGCGUAGUGGACAAGGAUGAGUGUGCGCAGUAGGGGAGGGUAUUGGGAACCUCAUUCAGAAACUUUACUGACUGUUACUGUCUGGGUGAGGCCUCCCAUCUUCCCAUUGAGUGAAAUCCUAUCAUGUGAUUUAUUAACCCCUUGUGUCCCAGCGUUACUUUUUAAGUCAUUUUAAUUCUUUUCAUCUGGACUAUAUUGGGACACGGAGACUAUGCAGGCCCUGGCAUGGCAGGUGAGGCAAUUUAAAGAGGCUGGUUGCAUGAGUAUUUAUUUUCAUGUCUCUUGGUAGACCUGCGAUUGCCGAUCACGUGUGAGGUAGGGGAUGUGAAUUGCCUUGAAAGCCACAUACAGUGUUUACCAGAUAAAUAAAAAUACUGAGGCACAAUGA